AAUUUAAAUUAUAAGCUCCAUUCACCAAAGCAUUCUCUCGCUCUCAUCAAUCUAGGCGAAGUUUUUCUUAGUUGGUUUAGGGAAUGAAGAUCUGACAGUGCCAUUAAAGAGUCUAACGUUUAGGGCACACGUGUACGAUAGGUCGGAAUAGACUUGUCCUCGGUAGAUUGCACCAAAUCCCAAUCUCCCUCUCAAAUCUUUAAUUUGGGCGCCAAAAAGAUGCACCCAUCGGUCGUGAAAAGCUAUAAUUUAAGGUAUAAGCUCUAUUCACCAAAGCAUUCUCGCUCUCAUCAAUCCAGCAAUGUUUUUUUUCUUAGUUGGCUCUCUUCUGGUUUAAGAUGGCAGACAAGAGCUUUGAAACCAUGAAUGUACGCUUUCUCAUUAAUACUAGAACUCGACGCAUCAUUUAUGCUGAGGCUGGUAAAGAGUUUGUUGAUUUUCUGUUUAGUUUUCUUUCCAUGCCCGUCGGUUAUGUGCUCAAAUUACUGUAUACAUUGACAUCUAAGAGGAAUGUUGGCUCUGUAUCCAAUCUGUAUGAUAGCAUUGAAAAACUGCCAUCUCAAUAUAUGAGUACAGAUAAAUCUCCGCUGCUUGACCCUGAAAUUAUAAUAAAAAACUCUCAUAACUCUCCUAGGAUUGAAGACGGAAGCUAUUAUGUUUGCAGUUAUCUGUCUUGUCCAGAAGAGACUGAGAACUGGUCUGAGUGCUACUGUGUAACUCACGAUAUUGUUAGCACCGACACAACUCACAAUAUGAGUAGCAGCAGCGGAGACAAAUGCAUCUGCGGAAAUCUUAUCGAGCGCCUCGUUCAGCUGCGGCCGAAAGCGAGUGGAAGAAGUAAGCAAAGUGCAGGCAAAGGGACUAGCGGUUAUGUAAAAGAAAUGCUUACUUUUAUAAUAACCGACGACUUGAAGAUAAAAGGGAGUUCAACUAUCACCAGUAUAAUGUUACUCAAUCACCUCGAUAUUAAAGAUUUAACAGACCUUCAAGAGCGGACUGCAAUUGUUGAUGAGAAAAAGUCAUUGGAGAUUCUGGAGGCAUCUAUGGUUUCCACAACUGUGUUGAACGAUGUUUUCGGAGCUGAGUUUUUUGUGUCAGGCAAGGUGUCUCUCGAAGAAUGAGCGAAUGGAUAUCAUCAACAAAUUUUGAAGAAAUUAAAGGGCAUCAUGGUUAAAAAAAGUUGUGUAUUAAAAGAAGGGACAGUAACAUUGGUAGCAUAAGAUUGAAAGUUACUUGAAAAAGCUUGUUCUCCCGAUACAGUCGCCUGGUUUCUCAAAAUAAAAAUAAUAAAUAUUAUGUUUUUGCAUCUUUUCAUCCCCUGCUAGUUGUGUUGUUUCUUGGAGUAAAACAAUAAACAUUAUGUUUUUCC